GUGGAGAGGCUUCUUUUCCACGGCACCAGUUCAGAUGUCAUUGACGCCAUCUGCAAGCACAAUUUUGACCACAGGUGUCACGGCAAAAACGGCACAAAAUAUGGUAAAGGAAGCUAUUUUGCCGUUAAGGCCUCAUAUAGUAACAACUACUGCAGUGGAAUGACAAGAUUUAUGUUCCUUGCUCGAGUGUUAACCGGAGAGUUUAAGCAAGGAGAUGAAUCACCCCAUCGACCUCCUUUAAAAGACCCUAGCAAUCCCGCUAGUGAUCUGUAUGAUUCAUGCGUUGAUAAUGAAUCAAGCCCAUCAAUUUUUGUCAUUUUUAAUGACGAACAGUGUUAUCCUCUCUAUCUAAUAACAUAUGACAUUAUUUAA